AUGCCGAUUGUCAAAAAAACAAAUGUUAUUAAUAACACAAUACCCAUCUUAAAUGGUAUUGUGUCUGCACCCUCAGCCUUGAUUAUACCUUAUGACAAAAGAUUGACAACCAUGGAGAAAAAUACCAUCAAUUUCAUUUCUUCUCAUCCGGACAUUAUUUAUACUCGCGCAGAUAAAGGCAAUGCUACCGUGGCCAUGUCUAGAGAAACUUAUAUUAACAAAAUGAAAACAAUGCUCAAUGAUAUAGACACAUACAUAUUAAUAAAGAAGGAUCCAGUUCGCAAACUUACAACAGCGGUACGUACGUUGCUCACCAGAUGGAAGAAUAAAGAAUAUAUUGAUAACAAAAAAUACAGAUUCCUAUAUUGCAGCGAUGGGAAGUUGCCUUGUGCCUAUGGUGUGCCAAAGAUACACAAACAAGGUUAUCCAUUAAGAAUAAUAAUAUCUUCCAUUGGUAGCCCGUUAUAUCCUCUUGCCAAUUUCUUACAGAACAUUCUCUCUGAAUCUUUACCUACAGCUAACAGUUACAUUAUGAAUAGCUUUCAUCUAAUCGAAGAAUUAAAGAAUAUAAGAAUUGAAGAUAAUUUUUCGUUGGUGUCGUUAGAUGUAGUAUCACUGUUCACAAAUGUUCC